AUGGCAUCUAAUUCGUCGUCCAUCCGAGUUUAUGACCCUCCUCCGGGCCUUUCAAUCAAUUCGGAUUUUGUGAUUCAGGUUCAACUAAAGAAUAAACGCACAGAAGAAAGAUGGUAUCAGGUUGCAGCAUACGCAAUCGACAUGGCAAAUGCGAGCACCGUCUGCAAUGAUUUCAAUCGUCAUUCCGUGGCUGUGGCAUCUUUUGACUUGAGCAGACCCGUUACAGUUCGGGUCACGUAUACUGGAGGCUCUGUCAAGUCCGCAGCAGUGCGACCAGCCUCACGUGGCAUCGAUGCCCACCUUCAGCAAAAUGAGAUCACCUUCACUUUGGACCAUGCUCAAGAUGUCAUGCUUGAGCUGAACGGCGACAAGUGGAAAGCCCUCCACUUGCUCACAAACACCAUCAAUCCAGAUCCACCGACAAAAGAUGCGAAAGACGUCUGGUAUUUUGGACCAGGCAUAAAUCAAGGAGGGGCAUAUUCAAGAGUUACUGACGGUGUAAACCUCAUGGUGCCGUCAGGGACCACUGUGUAUCUUGCCGGUGGGGCUUUCGUCACUUGCCGGAUAAACUUCAUCGGUGUCUCGAACAGUUCCCUGAAGGGACACGGCUUCAUCCUCGGACCUGAAAGAGGAUAUGCUGUUCGAGAGCACGGGGGCGCAGUUCACAUGAGUCAAUCAAGCCAUAUUAAAGUGGAGGGUGUGACAUCACUUGGAGCGCAAGGGUUCAGUUUCUCUGCGGGAGAAUGCAAUAAUGUACACGUGGAUAGGUAUCGCUCCUUCUCAUCUUCCGGUAACGGCGAUGGAGUGGAUUUCUUUUGUUCCUCGGAUAUCAUGAUCGAAAAUUGCUUCUUACGCAACUCAGACGACAACAUUGCGCUCUAUUCACACCGCUGGAAUUGGUAUGGGGAUUCUAGCCGGAUCACCAUCCAAAAUUGUGUAUUGCUCCCUGACAUCGCACAUGCAAUCAACAUGGGCACACAUGGGAAUCCUGACAAGCCGGAAACAACCAGCGAUAUUACCAUUCGAAACAUCGAUAUCUUGGAUCACGAGGAAAACCAGAUGUGGUAUCAAGGAUGUAUCGCGAUCAAUGUUGCCGACUCCAACCUGUUCCAGGAUAUUCAUGUGGAGGAUGUGCGAGUGGAAAGAAUCACCCGGGGCCAACUCUUCAAUAUUCGAGUGAUGCAAAACACGAUGUGGACUACCGCACCUGGGAGGGCGAUUCGAAAUUUGACCUUCAAGAAUUUCUCCUUGUGCACACAGGAUUCUAAGAUUAUAAACCCAUCGCUGAUGUUGGGUUACGACCAGACUCGACAGAUUGAGAAUGUCACUUUCGAAAACCUCAAGAUCGAUGACAUACUAGUCCACGCACAGAUGGAUAAACCUUCGUGGUACUUGGUCUCCGAUUUCGUUCCCUUGUUUGUCAAUGAGCAUGUCAAAAACAUCAAAUUUGUUGCAUCAUAG